CAAAUCGUCAAUCAUACAAACAUGACAGAUCGAAUAUCCAAAUUCGACAUCGCUGUUGUGCCUACGAUGGUAACAGGGGCAGAUGAUUCUUGUCUUCUGAUGCCAUCUGAUCAAUUAAAACUUGAUUUAGAAAAGAGUUUCGUUUUUCUCUCGAAUAUCCCUCUGCCCAAACUGCUCAAUUUUGGUGCUUUGAUCGAGGCAGAACCGCUGAAUGCUGGAAUGCUUGUUGGGGUGUUAGCUUACAAACAAACUCCCGAGGUUCUGAGAAGUCGAGACGAGAGCGGAGAACCACACGAAGCUCGGGAUUUGGGCUGCAACCUCUUCACGGUAUCUAGUGAACUACUGUCGCCAUGUAUGGUAUGCAAUUUUUCUGGACUUUCUGGACACCGUCCUGCUUCUGCGCAGAGAACGACAAACUGGACAGGAUCUCAAAUAGAAUAUUGUAAUUGUACCUUAUCGGAUAUGAUAUCCGACGCUUUUGAAAACUUCAGUUCUCGGCCGGGGUCUCUGCGUCGGUCUGAGUUCGGGCAUGAAUUGGAGCACGGAAUUCUGGUGGACUGGAAGAAACAUCACCCCAUGGCACUGAAAUUGUUGCAUUCGCGAGCUUAAGUUUGUCAUGGAAAACCGGAGCGUAGUCGAAGGGGAGUGAGAGCAGUAUUCUUUUGGCUGUAAAGCCAGACCCCAUCGAUCGUGGGAUCGAGUUGAAGUUGGCAAUUGGCCUGACGCCCUGCCCAGCGAAUUGCUGAGGGUGACGAUGAGGCAAUCAGGUGUAGUGGUGCACGCGUCCACUGUCAAAGUGCCCAAUGUCACUCAUUUCUCAACGAGAAGUGAGUGGGGCGGGAAUCGGGCUGGUAGAAAAUGCUGCACAUUCCUAGGUGGCCACCUGUCAAGCUCGUUCCAGAAUCGAGAACAGGAUGUUCAUCUGCGAAGAAAUGGUGUUCGGAAUGAUUUUCAACCAAAGGAGAAAACUUUCCUUCGUUUUGGAUUCCAAACGGCACAAUUCAGAAGUGUCACCGCAUCUAACAACAUGAGUGAUGAAAAUAAUGAGGAGGACAAUUGUUCCUCCAAUGCCUCACUCGAAGAAUCCAACCAUCCUCAAUUUUUAUCAAGCCACCAGAUUAAGUCUCUGGUACCUAGUUUUACAAGAAGAAUUUUGGAAGAAUUCCGGGGAAGAUUGGGUGGAGUUUUCGAUGGACGUGGAUACUGGAGUGAAUUGCAGCAAAAGGAGCGUUUGCCUCAACUGUUUCAUGUUUUCCUUCUCUUCUCAUUGAGUUUGGCAAAUCCCUGGAUGGAAUCAGCAUCUGCAAUAGUAAGCGAAGAAUGGGUUGGCGAAUUACAAGCGAGCGCAAUUUCACAACCAUACGAAUCAAAUAAAGUUGGAAGUUCUCUCCACAAUCACUAUAUGGGUGAUACCAGGGCUGCAUCCGGGUGGCUGUCACAAGUAGAAGAUAUCCCAGGGAAGACAUUUAGUUUGCAUAUCGAUGAAAAUCGGCCCUUGAAGUUCCAGUCUAAGGAGAUGUUCCAGGUUGCUGAAGCUUCAAAAGUUUGCGAGGAAACAUAUGGCUUUCUACCGUGCUCAGACAGUGUUGGAGGCAACUUGGCGUUGAUUGUGGCCUAUGGGUACUUACUUCUUAUUGCUGCCCAGCUGAUUUCGAAGGGCAGUGAGCUGCUUCUUGAGGUUAUGAAUCCUGGUCUAAUUGGCGGACUUCUCCUUCCCAUACUAGGGUCAUUACCCGAUGCGUUGCUGAUAUUUGCUUCUGGAUCCGGAGGCACCUUAGAAGAGGCCCAAGAGGAGGUCAUGGUCGGAGUUGGAGUUCUAGCUGGAUCCAUCGUCAUGUUACUUACGGUUGGCUGGGCCGGGUCCCUCUAUGCUGGACGAUGUGACUUAUCAGGACCUGAAGGUACUGCCAAGGAUCGGACACUCACUAAACCUUCGGACUUCUCCGGAACGGGAGUGACCACUGAUGAGCAGACGAGAGUGGGUGCCUGGAUAAUGAUGCUGUCGACAAUCCCAUAUUUAUGUGUCCAAGUGCCAUUGUUAGACGGACAUCCCACGGAAGGUCCUGAAGCAGCCCUUGUAGGUUGCAUUGUCGCAGUGGUCGGUGUGCUUGCUUAUUGCACCUACCAAGUUUCCUUUCCCUGGCUUCAACAAAAGCGCAUAGAAGAGGCUCGUUUGCAAUACAUGAGAUCCCGUGCUUUACAAGGAGUUACCUCCUUUAACAAAAGAUUGGCUCUUAAAACUCCGUAUCUCCUGAAGGAGAGGGACCCUGGACCAUCGCAGGAGCUUUUGAAGCAACUUUUUGCCUCGUUUGAUUCGAAUCAAGAUGGGCAUAUUCAAAAAGAAGAACUGAAAGGUCUCCUCAUCGGUUUAGAGCUGGAAGAAGGCUUUGUUCCAGCAAAAGGACAGAUAGAAUUAUGGAUGGAAGAGUUUGACGUCAAUAUGGAUGGCACGCUCUCAGAGCCCGAAUUUCUGACUGGGAUCACCAAGUGGGCUAAACGGAUUUCCAAGGAAAACUGGUUGCGGAAGGCUCAACAGAUGGAGAUCUCUGCUCUGGGUGCAAACAAUCCGGACUUUUGGGCUGCUCAGUCAACUGAGGCUAGAAAGGUACUAGACCUUCUCGAGAAGGAGGCUGCUGGUGAUGAAAGUGACGAGGAGAAAGAAAUCACUAACUCAGAAGCAAAUACAAUAAAAAAAGCAGCAGGCUUGUACCUCUUGGGAGGAGCAGCUUUGGCUGCCUUGUUUGCCGAUCCCUUGGUUGAUUCAAUUGGAGGAUUUUCAUCGAGCUCUGGCAUCCCACCAUUUUUUGUAGCCUUCGUUGUUACUCCGUUUGCUUCAAAUGCAAGCGAGCUUUUUUCCAGCAUUCUAUUCGCAAAGCAGCGUCGAAAGAAAAACAUCUCCCUCACAUUCUCCCAGCUUUACGGUGCCGUGACGAUGAACAAUACUUUAUGUCUAGGUUUGUUUCUGGGAGUGAUUUACUUAAGAGGACUCAACUGGGACUUCUCUAGCGAGGUUACAGUCAUCCUGUUAUCAGUAUUGACCGUAGGAGCCAUAGGUGGAUCGAGGACAACUUUCCCAUUGUGGCUAUCGGUCCCAGUUCUUGCUGUGUAUCCAUUGUGUAUAACUCUUGUUGCCAUACUUGACAAUUUUCUUGGCUGGCAGUAGAUUCACUUCAGCUCUUCAGCCCAGAUUUGAUUGUAAACUAGGAACAAGCAUUUUUACGUGAGCUAGUUCCAGCCUCUGACUGUAAGUAGACCCAACCAAGAUGUCAAUCCGGUGUGGUGUAACUACGUGGAGAUUUUGUUACGCACUUUGUGUGCUUGUAAUAUUACUGGCAUUAAGGUCAGUUUUGGGAAUAAGAGCAAUUUCUGAAUGCAACCC